CGGUUUAUAACAUCGGUUCCUUACUGCCUAUAUAUUCAAAUAACCUAAAUUCGUUUUUCAUCAGCUUCUCUCUGUUUGGUCUCAAAAGUUGAAGAUAUUUUUUCUAGUGGAAUAAUAAUUGAAGGUAUCAUUGAAGUGGUUUUGAAGGUUAAGAUUUGCAAGGAUGGCUUUAGUGUCAGGUGUUAGAUCAACGUUGAAUCCCAAUGCUCCAUUGUACAUCCCCGCUGCUUUGCGACAGGUGGAGGACUUCUCACCUGAAUGGUACGACUUGAUCACAACAUCAAUGUGGUUUCGGGACUAUUGGCUCAGUCAGCACCAGGAAGCUGAAAUGUUGUAUGGAAACCAUGCGGACAACUUUGAGGUGAAUGAUGUCAUUGACUUGCUUCCCGAUGAAAUUGAUCUUGGUGUUGACGAAGAUUUGUUGAUUAUGGAGUCCCAGUUUGAGGAAUUCAUAAAAUUCACUGGGAAUCAAGAGAUGAAACUUUUACCCAGAGAAGGUUUGAGCGAUGCAAAGAAUGGACUCAAGUCUCCGGGAAAGCGCUUUUAGGAGUAGAGGGGUCAUAGAUAGGAGCACCGUAUGCUCUUAGCUAACAUUAAGAUUCUCCUAUAAGCUGUAAUUUCUGUACAGAGCCCAUGUCGAUGCUCAUGUAUGAGUUAUUGUUAAUGCCUUUUCUUUCCCCAGAAAAUCAAGAGACUUUUCGAUCUUGUGUAGAAUGUAGAAAAUGAGAAAAAGAAUGUAUUAUAAGUUAAAGAUAGUUAAAUUACUUUCAUACUGGUUUCCAACUUCCCUUA